GGUUGAUUGGACCAUCCCGUAGCUCUACAGCUACCAGAGUUGCAUCUUUGUUACGCGAUGUUCAAGUUCCAAUAAUCAGCAUGUCUGCUACCAGAGCGGAGCUCAGCAACACAGCUGACUAUCCCACAUUCUUUCGAACUGUGCCAUCUGAUGAUCAUCAGAUGAAU